CUUAAUGAAACCACACACUUGCAGCUACGAAUAAAACCACACACUAGUACUUCAACGAAGUCACAGACGAAACCUACACUUGCACUUCAACGAAGUUACGGACGAAACCCACACUUGUACUUCAACAAACUCACAGACGAAAACACACACUUGCACUUCAACAAACUUGCAGACAAAACUACACACACGGAUGAAACCACACACACAGACGAAACCACACGAACACGGACGAAACCACACACUUGCACUUCAAUGAACUCACAGAGGCUUUAG